UCCUAGGGGAUAGAGGGCUGAGUUUUGUACGCUUCCAUCCAUUCCGAGAGACGCUAAAGGCCCCCCUCAUCAAGCUCUCUCCCGCGUCCGGGAACACCUCCGCGCUAAAUCAUAGUUUUUUUUCCCGUUUAUUUGUCUUUUGGAGCUGGAGCGUCUUGCCAGAAAGUGGUCGAUUCAGCAGUGUCCUGAAGCUUUUUUUUUGGUCCUGUAGGGAUGAUGACACGAGCCUGAGAGCAUCAUCACAGCGCAAAGUUACAAGACAUGUUGAACUGAUUUUUUUGGUUUUUAAAGAAAGAAAAGAAAGAAGAAGAAGAAAAAAAAAACCUCACCGACAUCCAGGUAUUUCGGCGACUCCUCCAACGGGAACUCGAUCCAAACAAGCCGCAGAGAGAAAGAGAGAGAGAGAGAUCUCGACAGAGAAUCCUCCACUCACUAAAAUCGUCCAUGUCGUGCCAACGCAGGACGCGCUGAACAACGAAGGAGCCGAUACUUGGUGUGAACUGUUUCUUUCUUUUCUUUUUUUCCCUUCAACAAAUCACGACCAAACUCUCGCAGAGAUCCGAGUGCGCCUCGUUUAUUUGGAGAAACGACGCGUCCCUUUUUUUUCCCUCCCCGAUUUUCGCUUUGACCUCGUCGGCUGGAGCUGGUUUGCACGCACGCCGCUUUAAUGUUUGGGAUUCAGGAGAAUAUACCGAGAGGGGGGACCACUAUGAAAGAGGAGCCGCUGGGCAGCGGCAUGAACCCCGUCCGAUCAUGGAUGCACACGGCCGGGGUGGUGGAUGCUAACACAGCCGCCCAAAGCGGAGUGGGUCUAGCGCGGGCGCAUUACGAGAAGCAGCCGCCGUCCAAUCUGAGGAAGUCCAAUUUUUUCCACUUCGUCUUGGCUCUGUACGACAGACAGGGUCAACCCGUGGAGAUCGAAAGGACAGCUUUUGUGGACUUUGUGGAGAAGGAGAAAGAACCAAACAGCGAAAAAACUAACAAUGGGAUACAUUACAAACUACAGCUUUUAUACAGCAACGGCGUCAGAACAGAACAGGAUCUUUAUGUACGGUUAAUCGAUUCCAUGACAAAACAGGCGAUUAUUUAUGAAGGCCAAGAUAAAAAUCCAGAAAUGUGCCGAGUUCUUCUCACACACGAAAUUAUGUGCAGCCGGUGUUGUGACAAGAAAAGUUGUGGAAACAGAAACGAAACCCCUUCAGACCCUGUGAUCAUCGACAGAUUCUUUUUGAAAUUCUUCCUCAAGUGCAAUCAGAACUGCCUGAAGAAUGCAGGCAACCCACGAGACAUGCGCAGGUUCCAGGUCGUUAUAUCGACGACAGUUAACGUGGACGGUCAUGUGUUGGCCGUCUCGGACAACAUGUUCGUCCAUAACAACUCCAAACAUGGGCGCCGUGCUCGGCGCCUUGACCCCUCUGAAGGUACGGCCCCUCCUUAUCUGGAGAAUGCAGCUACCCCGUGCAUAAAGGCCAUUAGCCCCAGUGAAGGCUGGACCACCGGCGGAGCCACGGUCAUACUCAUCGGUGACAACUUCUUCGACGGCCUGCAGGUCGUGUUCGGCACCAUGCUAGUAUGGAGCGAGUUGAUAACGCCCCACGCUAUCCGAGUCCAGACUCCUCCCAGACACAUCCCCGGGGUCGUGGAGGUCACCCUGUCCUACAAGUCUAAGCAGUUCUGCAAAGGUGCACCCGGACGAUUCGUCUACACCGCUUUGAACGAGCCAACUAUUGACUACGGCUUCCAGAGACUGCAGAAGGUCAUCCCCAGACAUCCAGGUGACCCUGAAAGGUUGCCAAAGGAGGUUCUACUAAAGAGAGCAGCUGACCUUGUGGAAGCUCUGUACGGCAUGCCCCACAACAACCAGGAGAUCAUACUGAAGCGGGCGGCAGACAUCGCAGAAGCUCUCUACAGCGUACCACGCAACCACAACCAGAUCCCGUCUCUCGCUAACACCGCGUCCCACGGUGGCAUGAUGGGUGUCAACUCUUUUGGUAGCCAGUUGGCCGUCAAUGUCUCUGAGACUUCACAGGUUGGCUACAGCCGUAAUACGAGCAGCGUGUCACCUCGCGGCUACGUGCCCAGCAGCACUCCACAGCAGUCCAACUACAACACCGCCAGCAACAGCAUGAACGGCUAUGGAAACGCUGGCAUGCCCAACCUGGGCGUCCCGAGCUCGCCUGGAUUCCUCAAUGGCUCUUCCGCCAACUCACCCUACGGCAGUAAGUAUCAAGUAGUUCCUUCGAGCCCUACCAUGGCAGCCUCUUCGGUCAGCCUCUCUUCAAACUGUAGCAGUACACACGGCAUUUUCUCAUUCUCACCUGCCAAUGUCAUCUCUGCAGUGAAACAAAAGAGCGCCUUUGCCCCCGUUGUCAGGCCCCAAGCAUCUCCACCUCCUUCUUGCACCAGUGCAAAUGGCAAUGGACUUCAAGCUAUGUCCGGACUGGUGGUCCCUCCCAUGUAAAUUGCACUUCCACCUCUUGUAAAGCAGCAGCAUCUGUGCAGUGAGCCUCGGGGGGGUAGAUCACGGAACGUUCCGCUGAAACGAUCGGCAUCCGUCAUGAAGUUAUCCAACAACUACGUCUAAUUCCGAGAAAG